AUGCUCUACAAGACAGUUCUCUUUGCCUUCCUAGGCUUUACCGGCAUUGCCUCCUCCAUGGUUCUAGGAAACCGAGAGUCUGGCCUCAGCAAUCCUGUCGAAGCCAGGACCCCACCGUCUAUCAUUGCCAUUACGGACGUUGUGGAUGAGGAUGACGAGUAA